AUGCAAGUUCUGUUCAUGUUUUACUACGUCAAGGUCUUCCUCAACGUGUUUCAUGUCAACGAGUAUUGGUUCAACAUUGCUCAGUUGUUGUUUUUGGUGUGGAAUGCUAUCAACGAUCCGUUGUUUGGGUAUAUUCAAGAUCUUUCUAAUGGAUGGAUGAAGAGUAGAGCCAAGAUAUUCACUUACUUUGGGCCGUUGAUGAGCUUAUCCUUCUUGAUAUUGUGGUUUCCAUGGAGGAAAACGUCAACCUCACCACCGUACAUUGAAGGGCUACAUCUGAUUGUGGCUUUAUUUCUUUACGACGCUUUUUACAGGUAAAUUUUGAUUUAUAUUUUCGUUUUUAGGUAACAAAGGUUGGAUUUAAGUUGGGUCCAAUGUACUCUAUGGCAUUUUUAAAGCUUUUAACUGAACUGUUUUAGUUGUGUUGGAGUUGCAUGGGGAGCUUUGUUUACAGAAUCGACUCGGGAACACAGAAGACGAGUUCAAGGUCUGAAAUACUCUCAGUUGGCUAUAUUAUGCAGUGUGAACAUUAUCAUGAUCACAGAGAAGUUUUCUCACAGCGUGGAUGUAAGUUAUUUGCAAUUUGUUGACUAAUUAUGUCAAACUUGUGAAUAAUUUUUACAUUUUUUAUUAAAUGUCUUAUUUAUACUACCUAAAACAAUGUAAAUCUUUUGUAUUUUAGGACUUUGGUACAUUCCAAACCAUUUGUGUGGUAGUGGCUAUCUUAACAAUGAUUUGCUUCUUUAUUACCGGUCGAUUAAGUUCAACAACUAAAGAAAAGGACAGAGAAACGUUGUUGGAAGAAGAUGAAGAUGAGAAGAAGAAGAUGGGCUUCAGAAGUGUGUUAACGCUGACUGGAGAACUUCUCAAGGCUCCCGACUUUCAGCGUAUUGUCUUCACCAACUUUGUCCACACGAUCAGAAGUGUAGCUCAUCUGAAUUUUGCUUCGAUUGCGACGGAUCUUCUGAUUCCACAAAGGAUUCUGAGGAAGGGAUCGUGGCAGAUCAGUAUCUUCUUUGCUGUUUGCACUUUAUUGCCUCAGGUUGGUCUGUUUGAAGACUUAUGUUAGAAAACUUUUAAUGUAAUGUUAUAUUCUUAUAAUUUAAAAUUUAAUGGUUUCACGUAUUACAUAUAAACUAUAUAUAUUACAGUUAUAUGUUAUUACUAUAAUCAUAACAUUUUAGAUUCUAGUGAUAGCAAACGAAACUCUACUGGUCAGAUUGGGAGUUUACAGAGUAAUGAUGUUAUCAUUUGUCUUCUCCAUCUUAUCAUCCUUCAUGUAUACGAUAUCAUGGAGUUCGUAUGUCAUCAUGUUCUUCAUGCUGAUUGACAGUGUAAUGGUACACUCAAUUGCACCAUUGUUUAACAUUCUUUUAGCCGAGUUUAUUGAGGAUGAUACUACUCGCAAUGCCAGAAAGUAAGUUUGGAAGGUGCUUUGUUAUGUUGAAGUUUUGAGUUUGGCUUGAGUUAAGUAUAGUAUUAGUUUUGGUGAGUACUUAACUUAUUACUGAUAUGAAUUUUACUGAAGGUGAUGUUGUAUUUAUCUUUUUAUAUUUUUUAGAAGCAGAAUGUCAUCGUUAAUAUUCAGCUUGAAUGCUUUUGUAAUGAAGCCAGCUACCUCUAUAGCUCCCAUGGUCGUAGUAUACUUUUUAAAUCGACAUGGCUACGAGGUAAGUAUGACAAGAUCGUAUAUUAAUUGUUGUGGACUAAAAUAUAAGUUGUUUAUUCUUCAUUAACGUGUUAUUGAUGCUAUGAAAUCUGUUUUAGUCGUACCAAAAGGACCAAAUAAGAAGCGACGAGUUGAGUAUCUGCAUGUUAAGGAUAAUAUUCUCUAUCCCAGCGGGUUUGGCUCUACUACAAUGUAUGAUAUUCAAGUCGUAUUCACUUCGAAACAAACACAUGUUGCCUGCAUUACCGGUUUGA